AUGAUUACAGACGAAGUAACUAAUACCACAGAUAAUACAACUCCUACUACUCUCUAUACUACUACCAAUACUACUACCACCAAUAACGAUAGUACAACAACAAAAUACAACAUGAGCAAGGAAACAUUCAACAAGUUGUAUCCAUUAUUACACCCAGUCAAUCAAACAUCAGAUGAUAGCAAGUUAACUCUUAAUAUCUUUGAUUUUGAUAGUACUCUCUUCAAAUCACCAGAACCAAAUCCAGAGUUGUGGACACCUUCAAUGGUUGGUAAACUCAAGGCUAUGCCAAGUGAAGAUGGUUUGGGUUGGUUUCAAGAGACUGCCACUCUUGACGAUCCAUACGUACCAUCCACUCCAUCUUUAGAUUGGUUCAAUGAAAAUGUUUUAAAGCAAGCUAUUCAAUCAAUCAAUACUCCCGAUACUAUUACUUGUUUAUUAACUGGAAGAACAUUUAUUUAUGAAGAGAUUAUUAAGAGAAUUUUAAAGAGUGUACAAUUAAAUGUAAAUUAUAUGGGUUUAAAGAUGAUUAGUGAAGUUGGAAAGGACCGUGUCACAACGAUGGAUUUUAAGCUUGGUUUUAUCAAUCACGUGAUUGAUUCGGUUGCACCAGGUCGUAUUGUCAAGAUUGAGAUGUACGACGAUCGUAUCAAGCAUGUCGAACAAUUCAGAGCAUUCCUUCAAACCAUUCCAAACAUUGAACGCAGUGUCGUGCAUAUCGAUGAGAAGCCACAAUACAUUGACGAAGACCAAGAGACAAAGUUGGUCGAGGAAUUGAUUUCUCGCAAUGGCAAGGAAGGUUUCCAAUUAAAGAAAAAGGUGUCCUACACUGGCUCUGUAUUGGACAAGGUGUCUGUAGACACUGUCCUCUCUUGGUUUGACCUCCCAUCAGACUGGGUUGUCAAAUGUCACCAUUCCACAAUGAAUAUGGGUGCUUGGGAACCAAAGCAAUGGAAGACAUAUGUUGAUAAGGUUGAAGAUGAAGUUGAAGUUUCAACAACAACUACCACAACCUCUACCGAAACUACUGCUACAGCUACUGCAACCAUCACAGAUCAAUUGGCUGAACUUAGUGUAAGUUCAAGUGUGACUACUGCCACCACCACUGUAGAGGAACAAUUAAAGUUAAAGACUACACAAUUAUUAGCAACUAGAUAUCCUGUUGGAAGUCGUGUUGAAUUGACUGUUGAAGGUAUCGGUCUUAGUGGUGCAGCAUUGGCAUUAAAGGUGUCUGGUGCUCCAACUGCCAAUGAUCUCCCACACAUUACCAUUGCUCAUCAUCCAAGGGGUAAGCCAGUAGACAGCAACAAAAUCACCCAUUGGAAGACAAUCGAUGAGAUUAUCAAGGAUGGUCAUAUCCUUUCAUUUGUUCAAGAAAACACUACUGCUGCCACCACCAGUGAAUCUACUGAUGCCGUCAAAAAGGAAUCAUUUGUAUUCCCAAGUAUUUCACUCAAGCUCAAGCCAAUCACUCAAUUAAAGUUGACUUCUCAUGUCAAGGAAGUAGGUCAAUCGGUCUAUGAAUCAACUGUAGCAACUCCAAAGCGUAAGCCUGCAGCUGGAAACAACAAGGCUGGUGGUAAUAACGGUAAUAGUAAUGCAGCUGUUAAUUUUGGUGAUUUGAUUUCAAAGUAUCAUCAAGUAGACAAGAAGGAGUUUGGUCAAUUAAUCGGAUCCAUCAAGCAAUGGGCCUCCAAGGAAGGUGUCACCGAUCCUGCCAAGAUUGAAGAGCAUAUCAAAUCAUUAAAUAUUACUACCAAGAAGUUUAUAGUGUUAGAUAUUUACCUUGCAAUCGAUCUGAAAAUAUUGAAAGUUCUCGAAGAUCUCAAAGAUCCUGUCAGUCGGCAAUUUUAA